GUGCGCCUAUGGAUGUGGUAUAAGUUUCUCGUUAUCUUUCACAUUCCUUCGCGUUCCUUGCGUUGUAUCAGAUAGGUCUAUCUUCCAGGAUUUAAUACUCACUCAUCCGCUGGCCAGAAAAUGAAUACCACUAUUUCCGAGGAUUAUAAUCUUACAAGUCGAAUAUUAACCCUCAAAGGACCAUGUGUGUCUCGACCAUAUACAGAGGUGAACCAAUGCAAUCUCAGAGAUAGUGGGAAACUAGUAGCAGUCAAGUCGUACAAAUCCAUGUCUGGCGAUUCACGCGAGAAUCACUCGGAAAAAAUUCAUCCGGAAUUACAGUUGCUGUCAUCAAACCUUCUUCAUCACGUCAACAUAGUUCCAUUCCUGGGCUUUAAGAAGGACAAACCGUUCCAUUCUCUGGUCAUGCCGUGGAUGCCAGACGGCACUCUCACGUCGUUCAUUCGUACUCAUAAAGCAGUCCUUGAAACAGCUGCCAAGGCAACUCUUUUGCACGACAUUUCCUCUGGCCUUGAAUACCUUCAUCUACACUUUGUGGUUCACGGAAACCUAGAGAGCGACAACGUACUCAUUACUGAGCGACAUAGUGCUUGUAUUUCUGGCUUCCGCCAGUCAGUGAGACUUUCCUCAAGGGAUGCCACAUGCCCUCAGUCCCAGAUGCCGCCUAAGCCCGCAAUUCAGUUCGCUGGUCCAGAAUGCGACACAUACUCCUUCGGCUGUAUCAUGUUUUAUGUUUUCACAAUACGCAUGCCUUGGCAUGAUGCAACAUCCGGAGAAAUCUCUAAUCAGCUCCGGAAGCGCGUGACACCAUCGCGACCUAAGGGUUCGAUAGUCGACGAUAAGCAAUGGGCGCUUAUAGAACCAUGUUUGUCACUUCUUCCACAAAAACGACUAUCCAUAUUGGAUGUCUUGGAAACGAUCAAGAAAUACCUCGUAUCUAUUGGCACUCCCGACCUCACUGGACAGAUCGAAAAGCGGGGUAAUCAUCCUGUUAGUAGCGGAGGCUAUGGAUCUGUCUAUGAAGCCAUCUGGAAGAGAAAGACUGGGGGUCGAGUCGAGGUUGCCGUUAAGGUUAUGCAUGUCGAGGCUCCACGGAUAGAUGAAGUGAAGAAGAUUUUGAAGCGUGAACUUGCGGCUUGGAGAAGGCUAUCUCACACAAACAUAGUUUCGUUGUUGGGUACUACGACAGGCUUCGGUCAUCUCGAAGGCAUGGUCUCCCCGUGGAUGAAGAAUGGAUCACUCCAUGUGUACUUGAGUAAAAGGAAUGACGUACCUUUAUCAAAGCGUCUUCUUUGGAUGGAUGACAUCGCCGAAGGGCUGAAAUAUCUCCAUAAGCACCCUGUAGUUCACGGAGACCUCACACCAUCCAAUGUUCUGAUCGACGACGACGAAAGGGCCGUACUGACUGAUUUUGGCCUCUCCAUUAUAUUAGGCGGCUUUACUAAUUUGUCGGUCACAUACAAUGACGUAAAGAUAGGGACACUGGCCUGGGCAGCCCCAGAGCUAUUCCCCGACUCCCCCGACAGUAGGCGACAGUAGGGGACAGAAUUCAAGCCUACCAAGCGACGUGUACUCUUUCGCAUGCCUAAUAUAUCUGAUUUUUACCGGAUCCCACUUGUGGAAUACGACAAUGCCCAACGCCGGGAUGAACACUAUGCUUCGUGUAAGGAAAGGCGAAAGACCUC